UUCUUGCAAGUGGUUAGCCAGCACUGUAGUGCCAACUCGGUUGCUUCAUAUAUUAAAUAACGAUUAAAUACAACUGGACGGCUGGAAACUGCAUAUGUAAGAAAUAUGCUAAAACUGACUUGUCACUAGCUCGGCUGCGUAAUAACACCAGGUACAGAUCUGUCGUUAUACAGUAUGAUUUUACCCAGCUAUCCGUUUACCUUUACACUCAUAUUAAUCCGCCAAAAAGAAUAUCAUCUUUGGAGAAUAAUAGUCCUUCAGUUUAACAUAUCAUUUAACAUUAUUUUUAUUUUAGUCCAUUCUUAUCACUUAAUAUUUCGUUAACUGAGUCUAAUUUUUAUUUAUUGUAGACGAAUAAACAUGUUUAAGCUCAAAUACGAAAGCACUGAAGACUACACUGUUUCGAUCAUCUCUCCCUCAAAUAAAUGGGAUCCGGUCUGAUGAAACAGGAAGCGAGGAGAUAUUGAUGGCGCCCGACUAGAAAGCAUUAGCAAGUAUCGGUUACAAAUACGUAUUUAUAUCAGCGCAUCGACCACAAAGAAAACAAACCAUAAAGGUGUUCGCGAGAUUGGCCAAGCAAGAACAACUUCACCCCUUGAGCUGAGAUGGAUUCAGAGGAGAUUGAAGUGGAGAGCAGCAGUGAUGUGGGUCAUUCAGGGAUGGAGGAGCCAUCUGAGAGUGGCAUGGGCAUGGAGUCAUCAGAGGCCAUGUCUGCCGACAGCAGUGACACGGCAACACUCCCAGCCCAGGCCCCAGAGUCUGACUGCCACGUUGGACAGAGCUCAGAGGGCCUUGUGGUCUUUAUUCCCGAAACAAGCUCCAGUACAGAUGUGCGUGGGAUCCACCUUCCAGAUUCCUCCUCUGUUGCCCAGUCAACCAGUGUCUCCAGUGUCUCCACAGUGACCCAGUCAGUCUUGGUGUCAGAGUCUGCUCAGGUUCUAGUGCACUCCAGUGCUGUGUCUGAGGGAGGGAUGAUUGUUUCUGACUCAACAGCCUCCACCUCUUCAGACCUAGGCUCUGCCAUUGACAAGAUAAUUGAGUCCACCAUUGGGCCUGACAUAAUGAAUGGGUGUAUUGCAGUUACAAGUGCAGAAGAUGACAAUGCAGAGACCACACAGUAUUUGAUCCUGCAGGGACCAGAUGAUGGAGCUCCCAUGGUUGCUCAGAUGUCUUCCUCAGCACUGUCUAGCCGCAUUGCCAUCGAGACCUUGGCCGAUGGGCCCACCUCCACCUGCCUGGAUCAGGCAGACCUAUCGGAGAGCCUGCAGGGCAGUCUGGAGCCCGACCAGCCCGACCAGCCAGGCCACUCCGGCUAUCCGGAGCACGAGGACGGGAGCAGCAGCAGCAGCAGUAGCAGCAGCAGUAGCCGCCCCGACCAGCCAGAGCAUUCACGCUAUGUGGAGUGCAGUGGAGGGGGGGACGACCCCGACCAGACAGGCGAGGCACACUGCAUCGAGUUCCCCGGAGCGGAGCCAGACCAGGCACCGCGCCAGUCCCGCUUCACCAGCUACACAGACGACGACCCAGGGGAGUCUCUACGUGGCUAUGCGGCUGAGUGUAGCGGCACAGCCCACAGUCCCCACCCACACUACCUCGUGGAAUGCAGCGACGGCUGCCUCGCAGAGCCCCGCCACUCACGUUACAUCGACAGUAGCGUGGACGAUGGUGAGCCCAGCCGUGUCUCUGCCUCGGAGCGGGCAGGCAGCAUGGGGGAGGGGCUGGCAGAUGCCAGCAACUCCCACCUGCCUGACCAGAUGGAGUGCAGCGAGAGCCAGACGGGGCCAUACAUCAGCAGCAGUGGCACCUACUCUGCGAACCCUGAGCCUGAGGCGGCGGAGCGCUGGUCACCUGAGUCAGGUGGGUCGGCAGGGCCCAGGGAGGAUGAUGCAGUCGUGGUGGAGUCCGGAGUGGCAGCAGGGCCUGGGGAAAGAGCACCAGACCUGGCUGAGCUCGAAGAGAUGAUGGAGGUGGUCAUUGUACAGCAGUUCAAAUGCAAGAUGUGCCCAUAUAAAAGUGUGUCAAAAGACACACUUAUUAACCACAUGAGAGACAAGCACUUUAAACCUGCAGGUGAACCCCCAAAAAAGCGAGGGCGGGGACGGCCUAGAAAAUCAGAAACGCUGGCCCGACAGCUAGCCGAAGUGAAGAAAGAAGAGCCACAAGAAGAAGAAGAAGAUGACAUCAUGGAUGCGGGUGCCAUCGAUGAUCCUGAAGAGGACAGUGAUUAUAACCCAGCGGAUGAGCAGCUGAGGCCCAGAGCAUCUGCACAUCGGCCAGCCCCUCCCUCCUGCUCUUCCUCUUCCUCCUCUACCUCACGAAAACGGCCUCGCCGGAUGGUGGGCCCACCCCGCAAAUUUCUUUAUCCCCAGAGUUACACAGCAGUGACGCCUGUGUCUCAGAUGAGCAAUACAAUGGAUUCUCAGGCUCCUGAAGAGGCCACUUCCUCUGGGCAGGAGAGUGGAACCGUUUCAUUAUCCAAUGGGUGUGCUGCGGAACCAGGUGUCAGCCAAUCAGAUUCGGAGAACAAAGACCCCUCUUCAAACACAGGCCCAGAUGAUGAUGAGUUUUUUCCAAGGAAGAGGGGACGACCAUCAAAGAGGUUCCUACGCAAAAAGUAUAAAAAGUUCCUAAAUCGGAACAAGUACUACAAAUCCCUCAAGCCUCUGCUGAGACCUCAUAACUGCUGGAUCUGUGGCUCACGUUUCCUGUCUCAAGAAGACCUCAGAUUCCAUGUGGAUUCUCAUGAAGGCAAUGAUCCAGAACGUUUUAAGUGCCUGAAGUGCAGCUACCGUUGCAAACGUUGGUCUUCUCUCAAGGAGCAUAUGUUCAACCACCAGGGCACCAAGCCGUAUAAGUGUGAAAUCUGUGAUUACUCGAGUGUCUACAGGAAGGAUGUGAUCCGACAUUCUGCUGUUCACAACAAAGACAAGAGAAGGAAGUCCGAUGUGUCUUGUGAUGGUGCUCCGCAGAUUCCGAAAGUGUCCGAGUUCCCGUGCCCGAUCUGCCACCGUGUCUACCCCAUGCAGAAGCGCCUCACGCAGCACUUGAAGACACACAGCACAGAAAAGCCUCACAUGUGUGAUAAGUGUGGGAAGUCCUUCAAGAAACGUUACACCUUCAAGAUGCAUCUUCUCACACAUAUCCAAAACUGUGGAAAUAGCAUGUUUAAGUGUGAGUUCUGUGAGAUCACAUGCAGUGAUAAGAAGCAACUCCUAAACCAUCAACUAUCCCACACCAAUGACAAGCCAUUUAAAUGUGACUACUGCAAGUACUCUACAAGCAAAGAGGAUUUCCUGGUGUCUCACAUAGCAAUCAAACACACUGGGGAGAAGCCCUUCUCCUGCGACAUGUGCCACUUCAUGACCAAGCACAGGAAGAAUCUGCGGCUGCACAUGCAGUGUCGCCACCCGGACGCCUUUGAGGAGUGGAGCCAGGCACAUCCCGAAGAGCCCGUGAGGCGCCGCCGGAGGCCCUUUUUCACCCUGCAGCAGAUCGAGGAGCUCAAGCAGCAGCACGAGAGCCAGGCCCUGCCGAGCGCCAUCGUCUCAGAACCAUUGGACCUACAAACCAUCGAGUCCUUGGGCAAUGCCUCCGUGUCCCAGGAUGCAUUGGGAAACACCACCAUCAUCUAUGAGCAAGCCCAGUCAUCAGAUCUGUCUGCUCAGAAUGCAUUGGACUUGCUCCUGAAUGUGAGCAAUGCCCGAGAGUUAGUGGGAAACUCGGUCCAGGUGGCUGUGUUAAAGUCGGAUGGCGAGACCCUGGAGGCUGGCUCGUGGCCCACCACAGGACAGGGGACGCAGGGCUCGUCCACGCAGCCGCAGAAGGUAGUCACGUUCCAUGUGUCAGAGAAUGGAGAAACAACUCUUGUGCAGGAGGCGUUUGAGACAGUGGAGGGAGCAGCAGCAGAGGAGGGGGUGGGUGGCGAAGGCGGCCAGGAGUUCACACAGAUUGCCAUCAGCGCCUAUGAGAGCACUGGCGAGUUCAGUGUGGUGGAGCAGGCUGUUGAGGGCAUCCACUGCACAGGCACUGCAUAUAGCAGCAUGGAGGAAAACUCUGCGGAUCCUCCAGCCGUGGAGGGGAGCGGCGAUUCUUCAGCUGUCCCCACCCCACCGAAAAAUCACAAAGACAAGUUCUUCCUUAGCUCCAGCUUGGCCGACGGAGUGCUGCAGCAAGUGGAGCUAAGCAGUGAGAGCCCAGGCUCCCCGACACAGAGCUCCUCCUCCCAGCCCCAGCAGCCCAACCCCAAGCGCUUCUCCUGCCGCGUCUGCAUGGAGUCCUUCCACGGCCGCUCAGACAUGGAGAACCACAAGAGGGCGCACGUGGACCCCAACACGUUCAAAUGUCCUGACUGUGAUUUCACUGCUCCCUCUUGGCCUGAAGUCAAAGCUCACAUGGCCAUGCACGCAUACCUGCGACCUCACAAAUGCCCACACUGCAGCUUCGCUUCCAAGAACAAAAAAGACCUGCGACGCCAUAUGAUGACGCACACUAAUGAGAAACCUUUCUCAUGUGAAGUCUGUGGCCAGAGGUUUAAUCGGAAUGGCCACCUGAAGUUUCACAUGGAGAGGCUGCACACACAGGACCCUCCCCCUCGCAAGGCCCGAGCCGGCACCUCCCAGCAGACCAUCAUAGUGAACAGUGAUGAGGAAGCCCUAGCCACGCUGCAGACCUUGCAGGCAGGUCAGACAGUGAUCAGUCCAGAACGACUGCAGCAGGCAUUGGGCCAGGAGCACAUAAUAGUGGCACAGGAGCAGGCUUUGUCUGACCAGGAGGAGGCUACGUACAUUCAGCAAAUCACUACAGUGGACGGCCAGACUGUGCAGCACUUGAUGACAGCAGAUAAUCAGGUUACAGAGGUCCAGUAUAUCAUAUCACAGGAUGGCGUUCAGCACUUGAUCCCACAGGAAUACGUAGUGGUGUCCAAUAGUAACCACAUUCAGAGAAAAAGCUCUGAAGAGGUUUACGUUCUUUCUCAGAUGGAGGAUGGCCAGAUAGCUCAUAUUCAGUAUGAGCAUGAUGGUUCGUUCCUGCAGGAACAGCAGAUUGCUCUAAGUCACGAUGGACAAAUUCAGUAUUUCCCCAUCAGCACUGAGCAGCAGAUAGUUAACCCAGAGGACUUAGAGGCUGCUGCCCACUCCGCUGUCACUGCUGUAGCUGAUGCAGCCAUGGCCCAGGCUCAGGCGGUUUAUGCCACAGAGGCCACCCCGGAACAGCUGGAGCAGAUGCAGCAGCAGGGCAUCCAGUAUGAUGUCAUCACCUUCACAGAGGAAUAGAGAUCAUACACCCGACGCCUGCAGUCUCACACGCUCAUAUGGGUUGCGGUGGAAAUCAGCAGCCUGCUGUUACUGUCCUCAUGGGAUAAGGGGAAAUGUGCAAAAGACUUUCUUUUUUGUAUAUUCUGUAUAGUACAUUUACAGAAUCAGUGGAGUCAUACAGUAAUGGAUGCCAGAUCUGUAACAAUUUAUUCAUCUCACUGUGCCUCCACUGUUCUGCUAUGUAAAAAGAAGUAUCAAAAGGUGACUAAAGUUUCUGUAUUUAAUUAAUUAUCUAUGUUUCUUUGGUAUGCUGUAGGGAAUGGUAGAGCAUAAUGACAAGGUACUGAUUCUCUGUAUGGGGCUGAAUAAAUUUAGAAUAAAAUGUUUGGGCUUUAUUUUAUGAUAAGGUUCCAAAAUUCUAAGCUCUGAUGGAGUAGUUUUCCAAGACAAUUUUGCUUUGGCACUCAUAAAGCUAUAACCAAAUAAAUUACAGCUGCUUUACCUAA